UGACAUCAUCUCCCGAGUUGCACAGUGUACAGGAUAGUUGUGCUUAGAAUUUUCAUCAAUCCCACCCACCCAACCUCAGGAAGCUAUUUAUCCAUGCCUGGGACAAUGUCAACAUUUCAUCAGAGCAUCUUCAAACGAUCAUAUAAAUCAUGACGAAAAUGAGUGGUUUUCCAGCUAGUUUCUACAGUGAGCCGGGUGUUUUAGGCCUACUAUCAAAUGGAAUUAGCGCAUUCCUUGUACUUCUCCAGAACUUCAGUACGGCACACUCCGGCAUGUCACCACAUGGGGUGGAGAACAUACUUGCAGGUGUGCAUCUCAUCCUGAUUGGUGGUAUCUGUCAACUGGUGGCAGGCCUGCUGUCUUUCCGAAAAUAUGAUCAUCUGAGCGGCACUGCCUUUGUCGGCUAUGCCGCUCUUUGGGCAAGUUAUGGUGCAUCCCGAAUCUACUUUGGCGCAUUAUCCAAGACCCCCUCAGGGCCACACCCAAUAACAAACAACAUGUCUCUGUUCGCCAACAUAACACAAUUGAAUGCAACAAUGGAAAUCCCAGUUUGCUAUUUAUGCUUGUCCCUCAAGGAGUCUGUUAUUGCUGGUCUAGUCCCGUAUAUCCUCCUAUCGGCUCUCCUUACCUUUUGUUCAGCCACAGUCAACUAUAUCAUGCCUUUUGUUUUUGGAGCCAUCACAGCCAGUUUAAUUUUUGAAGCAGCAGCUUUAGUGUCAGGUUCAUGGGCUCUUGUGGCAGCCGGGAUUUUUGAGUUACUCAUCCUGAUCUUUGCCAUUUACGGCUCAGUAGCACUGCUCAUAAAAGGUCUGUCUCAACGUCUAGCCAUCAAAGGCUUUGGGACACCUCUCUUUAAUGUCCUCCUGCUUGGUACUGCCAGUUCAGCCAAUGCCCACAACCCUGACACAGAAAAGAAGAAAAACACAAAGUACGCAGAACCCAUGGCCUUAGGUUUCUUCUGUGACACAGUGCCACCAUUUAUUCUUGCAUUUUACAGCUUUGGGUUCAUGAAAUCUUUUGGUUUGGGAGUUGCCUGGGUGUCAAUAAUCACAGGUGCACAGCUUUUCUCUAGCUACUACUCCCAUCUACGCCAAGACUGCUACCAUACGACUAAGUUUGGUUUUCAUGCCAAUUAUUGGCUGGUCAAGGCUUGGGAUGAGUUUGUGGCAUCUGUUCUGAUUGUGGAGGACACCAAAGUCACCUCAGCGAGGGACACAAUGGUAGGAAACUGGUUCUUUGUGGUGGGAGCCCUGGUGCUUUGUUGUGGAAGCCUAAGCAUGGAUGUUCUGGAACUGAGCCACAACAUGCUGUUUCUCCUGCUCACCAUCUCCACAAUCCCUCAGAUCUCCCUCAAUCACUAUUACAUAUUCUUUGGUAUAGCUUGUACCAUGUUUACCGGCGCCUCGCUGUAUGGUACCUUCUCUCGGCUCAUCAACACUACUGCAGAGAAGUCACUUAUCAUUGUUGGACCACAGCCCAUCUCCGCUGCCCAGCUGAAGAGUGUGUUGAACUGGAGCAGGUCCAAACAAGCAAAACAAGAAUUACCGUUCCAUACCGAACAGUUGUCAGAUGCCCUCUUUUACUUGUCAAAUGGGGUUGCAGCUCUGUCUGCUCUCCAUACAAGUGUACACAGCAGAAAUCCUUCAUUCCUCCAUCUGAAUGUCCCUUGGGUCCUCAUCCCUGGAGCUGUCAUCCAGGCUUAUGUCAGUCGGCUGAAAGUCACUGGAGAAAAAACGUUUGGGUCUCUCAUUGCGUCUAUCUAUGUAGCAGUUUGGGCAAUGUGGACCUGGUUUAGAUUUGCAGGUAUGUUGUUCCAAACAACAGGUGAACCCGCCAAUAUUCUGAUUUUCUUGUCAAUAAUUCUGAUCCCAACUUUUGACUUUCUAGGUACCCUACUUCAGCUUUCCACACAAGUCGCUUAUGAUUUUGCCGCGGGAGCCAUCGCAUUCCUGGUUAUCAAUUCUUUCCUCUUAUUCGGUGCUGCAUACAAGAACCUGGUCCUGUUGUUGCUAACAGCAACCAUGGAGGUGGUCCUUGUUUGUUUUCUUCUUUCAACUCUGCAGCGAUUGCCAUACCAACUCGAAAUGGCCGUGCUUGCACUCUUUUCCGUCAUUUGCACAUAUGGAGCAAUGUCAUCAUUAGUAAACAGCCUCUUUUCCCAGAGAUUACUACCAUUGGGUCCUCCAUUAUUAAAGCAAGUGAAGCAGGAGACUGUGCCUGAGCUACCGUGCCCUUUGGCAAACUCCCGACUCACCUCUGGGCUUUUGAAAAUUGCCAGCAUUCUCGAAAAGGGGGGAGUAUGCGGUAUUCCCACAGACACUGUGUAUGCUUUGGCAGCAUCCUGCAAGAACGCACAGGCUAUUGACAAAAUCUAUAACAUCAAGGACCGACCAGCAGAGAAGCCCAUUUGUAUUUGCAUUUCUAGUCUGAAGCAGCUGGUGGAAGCCAAACCUCCCUUUAGUCCUCUGCUAUGGGAGUUUAUGCGGAACGUGUAUCCAGGAGGCAUCAGUUGCAUCGUUAGCAAAGGAGACUGGCUCUUGAAACUGGGGGUCGGAGCAUCUUAUGACCGCCUUGGCACCAGGGACAGCAUCAUGAUCCGAGUCCCUGACCACACUGUGACCUGUCAUCUCUGUAAUAUCACUGGACCCCUCGCUAUUACCUCGGCCAAUCCCAGUGGAGAACCAGACAGCACCCACCACAGCAUGGUCAUCGACCGACUGGGGCACAAGAUCCAAGGUGUUCUGUGUGAUGGGGAGACUAAUGAAGUUGUUGCCUCAACAGUGGUGAACUGCCUGAAGAUCAAUGAGGAGGGCAUCACCAUUCUCAGGGAAGGCUGCGUCCCUGCAGGACAAGUCAGAGAGAUCUUUAACAGAGUGAAAAGCACAAUGGCCUGAUGGUUGGUUGGUUUGGGGCCCCCCAAAUGCUCAGGGCCCCAGGACUGUUGUACCCUCCCUUGUUCCCCCACUCUUCGACGCCCCUGUACAAGUGUAGCCAGCACGCUGUUGAAUCCGUAUCUGACUGCAGUGUUGUGAAAGGAGUGUUUUAAAAUGUGUGCUGUAGUUUUGUUGACGACCAGAUCAUAUGGGGUGUGUAAUGUAUCUUUAAUGCUUCCCUUCUUGUGCAAUUGAGCAUUUGAUUUUCCUGGUGUGUCACAUGAACUGUAUUUGAAACUACAUGGAAUAAAAUA